AUGGUUCAGUAUUUCGCUGUUUUCCUGAUUCUCUCUUUUUUUGGCGGCUCACUGGGAACAACCACCUCACCUCAGCAACAAACUGACGCCUCAAAGUUACAAGACUUAUGCCAGGUAAGAAAUCCAUAAACAUUAAAGGAGUACUACGCCUUAGAUUAGGAUACCCAGAAACCGUUUUAUUACUCUCACGUCGUUAUGAUCAUUUACUAAAAAGUACCCUUUAAAAGUGUAUGGCAGUUAGUAUUUAAAAGUCCUCGCUUCAGCAUGAUCUUUCUUUGAAAGCCGAGAGCCUGUCCAUUGUUAAUUGUUUAUUUUCUCCAAUACCAUCCAAGUCCAUUUCAGACGAGCACGCUUUAAAGAGAAUUAUGAUCUCCAAGGUCCAUUCCGUGCCUUGAAAACAAAGAGAGACGGCUGGCGGGUAUAAACUUUGCUCAUUUUGGUCUGAAAUCAUUGUUUGCAAGGGAGCUACGAGCUUGUAUGAACGUAUUUAUCGUUUCAAUUCCAAAUGAGAAGGAAAGAGAAAUAAUUAUUCGAAUUCUUUUUCGUUGCUGUUCUUAAACUAAGAAAUGGUGACAUGCCUAAUUUCUUAGAGACAAGGCCUGAAAACUAGUAUGGAUUUUAGAGUCUGAAAACGGGGUGUAAAAAAAUGACGUGUUUUGGUCUGAAAUUGAGUCAGGAUUUGGGGAACUGGGCGGCACAUCCCCACCAAGAAUUCCCAGGAGUACAUUUCCUCCCCCCAAACCCCCCCCCGCCCCUCCAAGUCAUUUAAGAUCCCGUGUCGUUUUCGUGCUUAUUACAAGUCAUCUUAACUUUAAUUUCAGCGAUCUAUGCUGGGUUUUCCUGGUAUUCCAGGAUCAAAUGGUAUACCGGGAGUGCCGGGCGUCCCGGGGCCACAGGGACCCCAGGGAAGAGAAGGUGUAAAAGGAGAAAUUGGUGAUAAAGGAUCACAAGGAAUGCCGGGUCCAAGAGGAGACAGAGGGCGCGAAGGACCCCCUGGGAAGAGUGGACCCCGAGGAAUAAAGGGAAUGAAAGGUGAACAGGGACUUCUGGGAAUGAAAGGAGAGGAAGGCAUUGCGGGAAUGAAAGGAGAGCAAGGAGCUGCGGGAAUUAAAGGAGAGCGAGGCAUUGUGGGAAAUCCAGGAGGAAAAGGAAACAAAGGAGAGAAAGGAGAAAGCGCCAAAGCAAGUCAAGCAAGUGUAGUACCACAAACCAACUGGAAACAAUGUGUGUGGAAAUCAGGCAGCGAUACUGAUAACGGAAAGAUUAAGGUAAAUAGAAUACGAAUCAUAACACACUCCUAAGAAAAUUCAUUCCUUUUUUAAUUAAAUCUUUCAAAGAAGAACGUCUCCCCUCUCACUCACCGUUUCCCAACACAUUACAUAAAUAACUAAUAAGUUAUAUUUCCCUAUAAUCUGAUUCUCUUUGAACAAAAAAAGGAAAACCAUCGUGGGUGAUAAAAUGAUUCCUGGCCAUAUGGAAUAACACAAAUUUAAGCUACAGAGUUUUUAAAACUUAGGAAGUAAUCUUGACUGGAGUUGUUAGUAUCAAUCAUUACACACGGUUGCUCGCCUUACUACAAUAUGUUUGAUUUGUUUGAUUUUAUUCCAGGACUGUGCUUUUAACAAACUGCAGUCUAAUUCAGCGCUCAGAGUCUCAUUCCAGGGAAACAUGAGGGUCGAAGGUAGUAUUAAGUGUAACCGGUGGUAUUUCAAGUUCAAUGGAAAUGAAUGCAGUGGACCAAUGACGAUUGAGGCUAUUGUUUACAACAACUGGCAAUCUGGGACAGGGAAUAAUCUGUUGCAUCAUCGGUCAUUUGAGGGGUACUGUGAAAACAUCCCACAAGGGACGGUUAGAGUGGAGUUAUGGGUAGGAAAGUGUAGUGGCUACAGCUUGGGUGAUGCUUGGACCGGGUGGAAUUCAGUGUCCCGGAUAAUGAUUGAGGAGGUAUCUCGGCCCCAGUCCUAA